AUGUCGGAAGCCAACGAAUCAAUCGACGGCGAAGAGGAAGAAGCAGUCGUCAUACCGCCACAGGAAUCGUUCCACUGGGAGGAUUACAUCUCGCGGCCGAUUGUAUCGGAAAAUGGCACGGUACCGGCCAACAUUUUGGAGUUUCAACACUCGUUCGGCUACGACUGCCAGAAGCGCUUCAAUCUGUGCGUGGCCGAUCCCGACUGGCUGAUAUUCGCCUCGGGCAAUCUCAUACACUUCUACAACGUCGGCCGCGACGAGCUGACGUUCAAGCGAUGCUCCACCGGCGGCGGCAUCGGCCACAUAACCAAAAAUCCUCAAAGGCCGCACAUAGCCGUGGGCGAGAACGGCAUAGAUCCGCCGAUCAUCGUCUACGAGUGGCCGAGCAUGGAGAUAGUCACGGUGCUGCGCAACGGCACCACUCGCUCCUACUCGCAUCUGCGCUACAGUCCCCAGGGCGACAAGCUCGUGUCGCAGGGCGGCGAGCCCGACUACCUCAUCACCGUGUGGAACUGGGAGCAGUCGACGGUCGCCCUCCAGUGCAAGUCCCACAGUCAGGACGUGUACAACGUCGUGUUCUCGGAGACGAUCCCGGGCCAGCUGGUGAGCUGCGGCCUCGGCCACAUCAAGUGCUGGAAGAUGGCCGACACGUUCACGGGCCUCAAGCUCCAGGGCGAGCUCGGCCGCUUCAGCAAGACCGAGAUCUCGGACAUAAUCGGGGUCUAUCCGAUGCCCGACGAGAAGAUCGUAUCGGGCUGCGAGUGGGGCAACAUGCUCGUCUGGAACGAGGGCCUGAUCAAGAUCGAGGUCUGUCGCAAGAGCGGCAAGCCGUGCCACGCCGACGGCUACAUCACCCAGUUCGAGUAUAUCAGCGGCGAGCUGGUGACGGUGGGCACCGACGGCUGGAUCUACUUCUGGUUCUACGACACGAUCGACCAGUCGGAGCCGAGCGAGGACAAUAACCUCGUGGAGGUCGAGCCGAUCUACGAGUUCAGCGUGGGCCAGCAGUCGGACAGCAAUCCGCUGGCGAGGCGGGCCCGGCUCAUGCAGAUAAUCCGUCGGGAGGAGCCCUCGGCUACCGAGGGCGCGGGCAGCAGCCACCACUGGUACGCCCAGGACGGCAACGGGGGCAUCUGGCUGCUGGACCUGUCGACGGCCCACUGGGAGACGGCCGUGCCGAGGAGGCUGAUGUCGUGCCACGCCGGUCCCGUGGAGGACGUGGCCGCCUGCGACUGGGCGCCCAUGUGCGCCAGCUGCGGACGCGACGGACGACUGAGAGUCUACGACUACUGGAGGAAGAGGCUCGUGCUGGAGCAUCAGUUCAGGGAUCGGGCCCGCGGACUCGUCUGGUUGCCCUGCGAUGUGGAACCGAGUGGAUCGAGCAUCGUUUGCGGCUUCGACACGGGUGUCCUGCGCUUGGUCGCCUUGGAUCUAGAGCCUUCAGAAGACAGAGAACACGAGCGAGUUCACCUCUGUCAGAUCUACCGAGCGCACACCGAACCGAUCGUUCGUCUGGCGAUCGAUCCCCAGCACAAGAUCCUCGUGAGCUUCAGCCGAGACUCGAGCCUCUUCGUCUUUCAAAUCCUAAGCAGCGACCGAUCCUACCCGCGACUCGUGCCGAUCGGCUACCUGAGUCUUCCCUCGCCGGCCAGCAGCUUCGCCUGGAAACCAAACGAAACUAGCACGAUACUCGUGGGCUGCUCGCGCGGUCAGUGCCUCGAGGUGCGCCUGCCCACCGAGCCGCAGGCCUACACCAAGAUCAGCUACAAACUGAGCGAGCUGCGACCCUGCGAGUUCACGUUCAGAUCGGUCAAGUCGGCGAUCCUGAGGGAGCAGGCGAGGCUGGAGCUCGAGGCCAAUCGCUACGAGCGCCGAUUGCAAAAGAUCCAGGAGCUGCAGGACUUCAAGAAGAACAAUCCGGGCAUGGAGGUCGACGAGGAGGCUUUCCUGGAGUCGGGCAUGGAGGACGAGGACGGCCUGCCCGACCUCUACGUGCCCGAGGUGCCGAGCGAGGUGCUCACCUGCAUGUACAACUCGCGGGGCCAGCCGCAGCUCAGCAUGUCGGGCUACGACGCCGGCUACGUCUACGAGUACAGCAUCCCCGAGAACAAUAACGACGAAGUGGAGCAUCUGAGAAGCGUACCGAUCGCCGACGCCUCCGACGAGGAGAUGACCUGCCACCUGUCCUACAACGCCGGCAGGUAUCUGAUCCUCGGCACGCAGCACGGAGCUCUGAGGGUGUGCAGGAUCAAGCCCGAGGACGAGGCCGACUGGUCGGACUACUGGUCGCUGCCGAUGCACGACUACUACACGGGCCGAGUGCAGGCCCUGUGUCUCGGCUACGAUCGCAGGACCUUGGUGUCCUGUGGAUUAGAUGGCAAUGUAUUCACCUACGACAUCAACGACGAUGCGCCUCUGGGCGACGAGUUCAAGAUACCGAAACCGAUUGCCAGUCGCGAUCACAUCCCGACGACUAAAGUCUGGGACAUCGAGGAGGCCAACUAUCCGAGCCUCGAGCAAGUCAUCGUCAAGGCCGAGAUGGACCGCAUCAAGGCCAACGCCAAGGACGACAAGGAGAGGACCCUGGCCGCCCUGCGUCAACUCACCGAGGAGUACAACUCGCUGCUCAGGAGAAACGACAAGCUGCCGGCUUCGCAGCGGCUCACCGAGCAGGAGCUGCAGCUCGACCCGAGGAUCUCGGCGGACCUCGACGAGCAGCUCAAGGAGCAGAUGGACAUCGUCUAUCGUAAAUCCGAGUACAAGCAGGAAAAGUGUCGGCUGCGUUUGAAAAAACUCAUGGAACACUUUAUCGAGCCCAUCACCUGCAUACCUUUCGCCGUCAAGAAGAUACUCAAUCCGGAUAGUAUGGUGUGGUCCUUGAGAGAAUUAAAAUUAACCGGUGAUUACGCGGUGGAAGAAAGGCACUCGCACGCCGAUUCGCACGAGACCGACAGUGAGUAGAGAUUAUCUCGCGCCAUGUCCGCUUACGUGGGAGAUCUGGAGUCGGACAGCAAGCAGGAAGAGCCGACGAUCGAGCCCUUCCUGAAGGGCCUCAGUCCUCGCACGAUUCAGUACAAGCUCGGCGAGGAGAUCAACCUGAUGCUGAAAAAGUAUCGGUCGCUCAAGGCGAAGCUGGAAGAGCAGGAACAAGAGUGGAAGAAGCUGCAGUCGGAGAGACCGGACCCGAAGGCCGUCGACCCGGAGGACGAGGAGGCGAUCGAGCACGCCAAGAGGACCAUCGGCGAUUACAAGCUCAAGGCGUCCCUGGAUCUGGACCUCGACAAACGGCCGACGGUCAAGAGCAAGUACAAGCAGAUCAUAGAGUGCAGGCGGAAAAUUCACUUCAGGCGCGAGGACUUCAACUCGAAAGUCCGCGAGAUGCGUCAGCGCAAAGUCGACCUCAUCAAGGAGGUCGAAAAGCUGCUCAAAUCCCUGCGAGCGAUCCAGAGCGAGCUGCCGGACGAGCUCACGAAGCCCCUGCCUCACCUACCCAGCCUCGACAUGGACGUCGAGUUCCCGGAGAAGAAGCUCGAGAUCGCCGAGUACACGCCGCUGGCGCAGCGUUUAAACGAGUCGAAGAAUCGCCGCCAGUCCAUCACCCAGGCGUACAUGCCCGCGGACGAGUUCGACGAGGAGUACGCCGUCCUCAUGCUGGACGAGAAGCGCUUCGUGCCCGAGCGAUUUUUGGCCACCGUCGAGGGUGCCGGCGCGGCGGGCUUUCGCAAGCGCUUCCCCGAGGACACGAAACCCGUCAAGCUGCUCGUGCCGUUGGAAGUGAUCGCGAGCAUCGACGCCGCGGAGCGACUCGACACCGAUCUCGAGCGAGAGCUCAAACGUUACCGGGCGGUGAGGAAGAAGCACGAGCAGGACCAGAUGCUCGAGUACAUCGAUCACAGCUAUCGAGUGUUCGACGAGGAGCUGAGCGAGCUCGAGCUCGAGCGCUUGAAGAUCAUCCACGAGAGCGUCUACAUGGAUCUGUACAUGCUGACGCUGCACCAGGAGCUCGUCGUCCUCAAGAAAUUCGAGGCCAAAGAGGUGAAGCUCGAGCAGCUCGUCGAGGAGCAUCGCCGAAUCAUUGACGAGAUCGAGGCAAAGAUCUCACUGCUGACCGAGCAAACGGAGGAGAAGAAAUUGACGGUGGCCAGAUUGCAAGAGAAGCUCAAGGAGAUGAUGGCGCGAUACUUGAGCUCGAUUCAGGAGCAGAGGUAUUCGCUCGUCUUGGCGGAGAUCGCGAGAAAGUCCUACGAGUCGUCGUCCGAUGCCAGCGCGGACGACGUGGCGAGUAGAAGCCCCGCUGCCGAUGACAAGGACAAGGAAGACAAGAGGAGAACGACCAAGUAUCAGGGAGACUUGGGCCAUCGAGUGACAAGAUUCCAAGACAUGGAAAGCCGAGAAAACGUUCGCGAAGAGCAGCAGCCGCAGACGACGGAUCGUCGAGCCUCCAAAGCCUUACCGAGGGUGAGUAGUUUGGCUCUGGUCGAUCCGCAGCAACAAGGAGACGAGGACGAGGCUGGUGGUGGUGGUGGCGAGGGCGGCGAUCUCGAGCUCUACGAGGAGGCCUACGCCGUGCAGAAGCAGUGCCGCCUGCUCGAGGGUUGCCUGAGCGAGGAGCAGAGGGCCCUGAGCGAGGCGAGCGAGGAGCUCGAGCGACAGAGGACGAGCCUGCAGGAGGCCCAGACAGACCUGGACGCCAGUACGCAGCGAUUGGAGGGAUUUCUCCACGAGAAGCAACGGGAGCUCAACGACAUCGAUAUGACAGUGAUACUGAAGUUGGACCAGGUGCAGCUGCUCGCCGAGGGUUCGCACACGGAGAAGCUGCGCAACUGCAUCGUCUUCGACAAGACGCGGCUGGCUCGGCUCUACGCCAGGGUCGGCGAGCUGCAGCAGGAGACGGACGAGCUUCGCGCCAAGCACAAAAACAACAAGCAGCAACUGCGCAAAAUCAAGAUGGACUGCUCGUCGAUGAAGGCCGAGCUCGAGGCGCUCAAGGGCCAAAUCAAGACGGAGAUGGAGAACAAAUUCGGCCAGCAGAUAUCCCUCGUGUCGCUUUACGAGGCGGUACUGCGGCGGCUCAUAUACGACAUCAAGGCCGACACGGGAUCGCUCGUCAAGUUUUAUCAAGAAAAAAUACAAAUGGUGAAAAGUCGCUACAAGCAGCAACUCGAGCAGUUGAAAGACCUCAUCAAGGAGAACACGCACAAGUUAAGUUUGCUAGCGGUUCUUGAAGAGGAGUUGUUCAAGCUCAAAAAGGCCUGCAAUGCCAAGAUCAUGUCCGAGGAAGAGAUAAAGAAGAUCGAGUCCGAUUACAAGGCCGAUUUGAAGAAGCUGGAGAAGCGUCUGAAGAAGCAAGAAGAGGAGAAGGUGGCGAUAAUCAGCGACAUCGAGAAUCUUCAGAGCAAAACGAAAAAUUUACUGCCUCUGAACGAAUUGCUGUCCAAGAGCUGCUGUCAGAAGUCUACCGAACGAAGACGACCGACCUCCGUGACUCUGAUCGACGGCAAAGAAAAGGAGGACGCCAAGAACGAAACGGCGGCCUCGAGCGACGAAGGAGACGACGACGAUGACGACGUGGACAAGGAAGCCGACCUGGCGGUCUUCGACGAGAACGAGUACUACAAAAAAGUCAUCGCGGUGCGGCAUCUGUUCUCGCAGAUCACCUCGGGCCAGGAGUUCAAUACCAAGUCGACGAUCGACGCGAUGCUCCAGGAUCUGACCGACUGCAUGAUAAGGCGGGGCUACUCGCACGACCAGAUCCAGCGCAGUCUGCAGGACAUCGUGUCGAGCGCCGAGGGUCAUGAGCAGUACGACGACGACGACGACAAGGCGACCGACGAUCGGCGUUUAGACGACGACGACGAUCUCGCCAAAGGCACAAUGAGCCUCGGAGACUACAUCUACAGCUACAGCUCGAGCUUCCGAGAGUCUGUGUGCAGUCGGGACGUGGACCCCCAGGCCGACGCCAUCCUCCGCGACCUUUUCUCGGAUCUGGGCAUCGACGAGGACGAGCACGAACCGAUGGUCCAGGGCGUGGUCAGCCGAUUGCGCAUGAGCGGAGGCGAUCUCGCCGCGGCCGAGGACUUUAUCUUCAAGAAGGCGCCGUCGGCCGCCGAUCUCGCCGAUCCCGCCCUCAAAUCGUCGCGAUCUCAGCGCAUCAGACGCUCGCUGAACGACGUCAGACAGCACGUCGAAUUCGAGGACACUGAGUUCGUGCAGUUGCAAGAGAAUCAAGAUCAAUGA